AUGGCAACGCAAACACCAAAUCGUCGGUCACUGGGUCGCCCUCGUCCGACUCUAGCCCAUUCAAUUGUCACCACUGCCUCCUCUCCAAACCUGGCGCUCGCUUUUGAGCGACCUCCGCUCCCAACAUCUCAACUCUCUGGCCGACGCGCCAGCGGCAAUCUCGCUCUCAAUCGGAAACUUUCUUACGGCCAAACGGGGGGCCCGGCUAGCUUGUCUACGAUAGCAGAUGGAAGUGAAGGAUACACGCCCACGUCUGAAGGAGGAUCGAGUCCAUUCACCAUGUAUCCUUCCAAGCCUGCGAACAGCAGGACUAUCAGUGAUGACAAAUUCGCAAACCAGAAUCUAAUGGUGGGAGAUAUGGUAGAUGUGCCGGGGAUGAUGCAUGGUACCAUCAAGUUCAUUGGCGAGGUCAAGGGCAAAAAGGGUCACUUUGCUGGGGUAGAGCUCAGCAAGGAAUUCGCAGCUAAGGGGAAGAACGAUGGAGAUGUGGAUGGCAUACGGUAUUUCACUACAACCAUACGCGGCGCCGGCAUCUUCUUGCCAUCUAACAAAGCUUACAAGCGGCUCUCUCCUACCUUCUCUGCCGACUCCAUGCCUCCUACACCACCAGCGCCCUCCUUUGCGCCUGGUAGCCGAAACACCCCCACAUCGUCAACGACAUCAAGGUUCAGCCAAUCCGUAGGCCCAGGCCGAGCACAGAGCCCUUUAAGGGCCAAGUCAAGGCCAUCAUUACCUCGACCAGAAUCUCCGUUGCGGAAAGCUCAGAACGCUACUUCCACACCUUUAGGCCGACCUUCUCUAGGAGCGCCGAAGCUUUCCAAAAGCAUUGUCGGUGGUCCACGAUAUGCGCCGAGCCCUACACCAGCGAGGUUUGGAGCUAGUGUGAGAGGAGGCAAAGAUGGAGAUCCAGGGAAGAGAACUAUGAAUACAGCCAAAUCCACGCCUAAGACACCAAACAAUGUUCGACCUCAUUCUCGGAGCGAAUCCCGCCUUGGGCCAGAAGCCAUGUUUGACGAAGACUCGGACAACACCCCAAUCGGUACUGCAAAGAUUGCGUACGGAGCUCAGAGCACACAACAGAGUUCGCGGCCUGUAUCGAAUCAAGAUCAUGAGGUCAAGCAACUUAGGCUGAUGCUGCAAGAGCGAGAUAGACAGCUCGAGAAACAGACUAGCGAUUUAGAGGAGAUGCAGAGUAGUAUAGCGGAACUGCAGUCAGUGGAGAGAACUCCGACACAUAACUCCGCUGGCACGUUACGAUCUAGAGGCUCUGGAAUUGAUGAAUUGGAUGCACCUUCUUUGCGUGCUCUAGUGCGGGAAAAGAAUGAGAAGAUUGCGACGCUUACUAGUGAUUUCGAUGCUCAUCGCGCGCAAUUCCGGAACACCAUUGACAGCUUAGAGCGUACCAGUGAUGAAACCAAUCGAAUCUAUGAACAGCAGGUCGACAGCCUGAAGCAGGAGAUCAGAGAGCUGCAAGAUCGAGGUGACGACGUAGAGAGCGUCGCCCAGCAACUGAAACAACUGGAGGAACUGGUCCAAGAGCUCGAAGAAGGUCUUGAGGAUGCUCGCAGGGGGGAAGCCGAGGCUAGGGGUGAAGUCGAGUUUUUGAGGGGAGAAGUCGACAGGACACGAUCAGAGCUACGACAGGAGAGGGAAAAGGCUAUUGCAGCUUUGAAAGGAGCGAGUGCAACCAUGGAUGGCGGCUUAAGUCCUGGCGGGUCGUCAAGAGAGGUAGAGCAAAGAGACGAUGAGAUCAGGGGCUUGAAGGCUAUCAUCCACUCCCUGAGCCGAGACGCCGUCCCUGAAAUGGGCAGCCCAAGGCCUAGCAGUCGCCGAGUCUCGAAGCAACGGCAUAGUGGUCUGAAUCAGGCGAAUGGUCAUAGCGAAAGCCAGCUAGCAGAGGAGCGCCAAGCGAGAGAAAAGCUCGAACGAGAAGUCAAAGAGCUAGAGGGUUUGGUAGAUCGGAAGACUUAUCGUGAAGAGGAGCUAGAACAUGAGAUUAAUCGGCUGCGCGAGAAUGUCGCCCAUUUCAGUGCUAGCAGCAAUGGCUUCACCGAACGACCGCCUACAAGCAACAAGCACAGGCCAAAUCUGAGCGAGCACUCCUCCGACGACUGGCCCGGGCAGGCGUCGGAUAAUAAGCAGCGAGGCGGCCACCUCGAGUCCAUGCCCGAAGCCGACAGCCACUCCACCACCAUGACAGACAGCAGCACCCUCUACUGCGACAUGUGCGAGACUUUCGGCCACGAGAUCCUCACAUGUCCCACCAUCAACGGCGAGCACUCCGACCUCCAAUCCAACCCAAAGCCCAGUCCCCCCCCGCAACGGACGGGACGGGAUGUCGUCACGGAAGGCUUCAAGGGGCUCGGCGUGUCGUCGCCACCGACGAAUCACUACCCGGCGCCUCUGAGUCCGGCCAGGAGCCCGGCGAUGACCCCGAAGGCGAACCUGAUGCCGAAUCCGAUGGAACAGGGGCCGGUGGCCGGGAAGAAGAGUGGCGUGAUCGAUGGGGAGAGGUGGUGUGCGCUUUGCGAGAGGGACGGGCAUGAGAGUGUGGAUUGUCCGUUUGAAGACAUGUACUGA